UAUAAAAUAAAAUAAAUCCCCUCUCGUCUGUAAGCGAUAUCGCACGUGCUUAGCGUCACGUGCACUCCUUGAAGUGACUUAGGUCACCCAUAGAAAUCUCUCCCCUUCGACUCUGGGCAGGUAAGGGGGGCGACAAAGGGACGCGUCGAGUUGACGGAGGAGCAAGCGCGCCAUGAAGCCGUUGCUGCUGUUCUCCCUCGCCUCGAUUGUCAUCGCCUCCUCGUUGACGUCGUUCUGCGAAGGCUCGCUCAGCCAGGGGCUGGCCUACUGGCGCAUCCGUCACCGCAUGCACGAGCUGCGACGCAGGCAGCAGCAUGCGGAGCUGUGGGGGUCCAACCCUUCCCUGCAGGGGCCGGCCAGCAGCAGAUUCAUGAGCUUCCUGAGGAACGUAGAGCUAAAGCAGCCGCUCGACCACCUCGACCCGGCCUGCAACAAAACCUUCAAACAGCGUGUCUGGGUGAACUCGCUGUUUUGGAAGCGGCCUCACGGCCCCGUCUUCCUCUACAUCGGUGGGGAAUCGGCCCUCAGCUCUAACGACGUGUUUGUGGGCCAGCACGUUCGGCUGGCGCACAGCCAUGGAGCUCUUCUGGUCGCCGCUGAGCACCGAUUCUAUGGCAAAAGCGUCAACGAAGAGGGGCUGUCGGACAAGAACCUGCGAUACCUGACCAUCAGCCAGGCGCUGGUGGAUCUGGUGCGCGUGCACCGCUACGUGAGCGACGAGUUUGGCCUCAAGCAGGGCCACGUCUGGGUGUCGUUCGGCGGCUCCUACCCCGGCUCCCUCUCCGCCUGGUUCCGCCUCAAGCAUCCAGAGCUGAUCCACACUGCCGUUGCCUCGUCGGCGCCAGUUCAAGCUCAGUUGGACUACGCAGGGUACGACGAGGUUGUCGGGCAAAGUCUGCGGAAUUCGGUGGUCGGAGGAUCUGACGAGUGUGUGAGCAGCAUGCGAGAGGGCUUUGAGCAUCUGGAUAAGCUCCUGGAACAACGCAAGUACGAGGAAGUUCAGAACGACUUCGAGGCCUGCGGAAGCCUCCAGAAGGCCCGGGACCGCGCGACGUUCGUGGGCACCCUGGCGAGCGUGGUGAUGGUGGCCGUGCAGUAUGACGAGCUGGAUUCCAAGCACAACAUCGCGGAAGUGUGCGACAAGAUGACGGACCGGACCGUGGGCGAGCCAUACCAGCGCCUUGCCCACCUCGCCAAGACGCAUCUUCUGGACGACACCAAGACGUGCGUGCAAAGCUCGUACGACGAGUAUCUGCUCGCGCUGCAGAACGAGGCCGCUGAUCCCGAGCUCUCCGAAAUGCGUCAGUGGUUCUUCCAGAAGUGCAGCGAGAUCGGAGUGUUCCAGUCGUGCUACCCGGAGCGGGGCUGCCCGUUCUCGCGUCUGCUCACGCUGGAGGCCGAUGUGGACGUGUGCGUGCGCGUCUUCGGCCUGUCGCUCCAGGACGUCUCCCGCGGCGUCGACAGCACGAACCGCGUGUACGGAGCCAACCGCCCCAACGGCACCAGAGUCAUCUUCGUGAACGGUGACAUCGAUCCGUGGCACAAGCUGAGCGUACUCAAGUCGCUGUCUCCGUUGCUCCCCGCGAUCGUCAUCAACGGCACGUCCCACUGCGCCGACAUGGAGACGCCCAAGAUGAAUGACAUCUAUGCCCUACGUCACGCCAGACAGGAGAUCGAGAAGCAGAUCGUCCAGUGGCUGCAGUGACGUCAGGGAUGAGGGACUCCACUCGACAGCGUGGGAAAUGGUGCAUCGGCGAAUAAACAACACACUCAACCUGACCCUCAUCCCAUUCAACACUAAACCUGACACCCAUCCCAUUCAACACUCAACCCAACAUCCAUCCCAUUCAACACUCAACACGACACGCAUCUCAUUCAACACUGAACCUGACACUCAUCCCACUCAAAACUCAACCUGACACUCAUCCCAUUCAACACUGAACUUGACUCCCAUCCCACUCAACACUCAACCUGACACUUAUUUCAUUCAACACUCAACCUGACACUCAUCCCACUCAACACUCAACCUGACACCCAUCCCAUUCAACGCUCAACCCAACAUCCAUCCCAUUCAACACUCAACACGACACGCAUCUCAUUCAACACUGAACCUGACACUCAUCCCACUCAACACUCAACCUGACACUCAUCCCACUCAAAACUCAACCUGACACUCAUUCCAUUCAACACUAAACCUGACCCUCAUCCCAUUCAACACUCAACCUGACACCCAUCCCAUUCAACGCUCAACCCGACACUUAUUUCAUUCAACAGUCAACCCAACAUCCAUCCCAUUCAACGCUUAACCAAAAACGCAUCCCAUUCAACAAUGAACUCAACACCUAUCCAAUUAAAUACACAUCCCAUUCAAUAUUCAAUCCGACACGCAUACCGUAACUCUCAACCCAUUCAACUCUCAACCCAUUUAAAACUCAACCCGUUCAAUGCAUGAAAUAUAUCCUAUACUGUCCUUCGCGUAAACACUUGCACUUUGAGGGGGAGAGGGUGGAUUUAAAGAAAUGAUUGUAUUCUUUUCUGUUAACUUUUGGUAUUAUGGAUGUGG